AUGGCUGCCUUGACCAAUGCGGCGUAUUUGCAGCGAUAUGGCUUUGUGGAUGAUUGCUUCGGCACAACCAUGGUGGAUGGCAAGUGGUUGGUGAAGCCGGAGUCAGAGCCAAUCCGCGAAAGCCUGGCCGCAACCAGCGCAGAAGAGGAUGAGAAGCUGUUGUCCGACAGCUCGCUGUCCAUUCCGGCCAAAACCGCCAUCCAGUUCCGGCGGCAGCUUAAGAUUGCGCUCAAGGCUCAGCAAGAGGCACAGCAGAGGAUACGGAUGUUGACGUGGCAAGCAUCUGUUGCCAUCAAUGAUGGAAGCGUGAAUUCUAGCAAGAUUAGCAAGCUUUCCCUGGGAAAGAGGCGGACGCGUUGA